AGUGCAUUCGAGUGUUAGGAAAAUUUUAAAUCGUAUAUAAUAAGUUCGAAUUAGAAAAAUAAAACUUAGUGAAGAAAAUUAAUUAAAAAUGUCGCGAAAUCAACUACCAGACUCGUCCUCUUCGCCGCCCAUAAGUCAUUUACCCUUUCACAACUUUGAUGAUGAUUUGAUCAACGAUCUGCCCUCCUGCAUUUAUGCGGGUCAACAUCAAGGUGGUGGCGCCACCGGUGGAGGCGGUGGUGGGUCAGGAGGAAGCGGUGGAAACUCUGGGCUGCGUCUCAGCUCGAAUAACCUGCGUCAUAUUCAGCAGCAUUAUAUGCAGCAUAGUGGAGAGAAUCUGCUAGACUCAUCAACCAAUCCGAUGGGGGUGCACAAUUCCGGCGGUGGAGCGCCUUUGAUGUGCAAUAGUCCCAGUGCCAGCAGCAGCGGAGGAGGUGGCGGCAACGCAGGCUCAGCAACUCCUGGCGGAGGAGGGGGCCCAAAUCCUGGCUAUGGUUCAGUGGGAGCACCAACUGCGUCCAGCUACAAAAUGCAGCGACAGGCGGCCAAUGUGCGGGAAAGGAAACGCAUCCAGAGGUCCGCCCCAACUGGGUACACCAAAUGUAGCAUCAAUUCAGCUUUCGAUGAACUCAGGGUCCAUGUGCCCACUUUUCCCUACGAGAAACGUCUCAGUAAGAUCGACACUCUGCGCUUAGCUAUCGCCUAUAUAUCCCUGCUUCGUGAGGUUCUCCAAACCGACUACGAUCCUUUGACCUACGUGGAAAAGUGCCUGCGGGGAGAAAUCAAAGCGGAUCGGGCUAAUUGGAAUACGAGUGAUCUCACAGCUCGUCUUUCCUGGAUAAACUGGGAAAAUCUCGGUGUCCAUCCUGGUAGGCGAACUCUACUAACUUCAUUGGCUCUAUCCUCAGAGCCUUUGUGUGGUGCUCAUUGCGGAAUGCCAUAAGCAUAGAUCUAGUUACGGGCUAAGCCUGUGUAAACUGCUGAAAGCACA